UGGCCGGGCCUGGACAGCGGCCUGGGCCAUGGCGGCGCCGCCUGCCCUGCAGAUCCGGGAGGCGAACGCACACUUGGCGGCCGUACACCGGCGCGCGGCGGAGCUGGAGGCGCGGCUGGACGCGGCGGAGCGCACGGUGCACGCCCAGGCCGAGCGCCUGGCUCUCCACGACCAGCAGCUGCGCGCUGCCCUAGACGAACUGGGUCGCGCCAAGGACCGUGAGAUUGCCACACUCCAGGAGCAGCUGAUGACCUCAGAGGCCACUGUCCACAGCCUGCAGGCCGCCGUGCACCAGAGGGACAAACUCAUUAGGCAGUUGCAGCCCCGGGCUGAGCUGCUGCAGGACAUCUGCCGCCGCCGACCACCCCUGGCCGGGCUGCUGGCUGCCCUGGCUGAGGCUGAGCGCCUGGGGCCCGUGCCAGCCAGUGACCCCGGCCACCCACCCCCCGGUGGGCCUGGUCCACCCCUUGCCAAUAGCACUGGGGAAGAGGCAGACAGGGACCCCCUCCAGCCUGCGGUGUUUGGGACCACAGUGUGAGCCCGGAAUGCAGAUUCCAGAAUGGAGACAGCCACUGCUGUCGAUGUCCUUGGGAGUCACCAGCGUCCUGCAGGGGGACCCCAUGGCAGAGCCACAGUCCUGUCUAAGCAUCAGAAUGGGCUAAACAGUCAAAGUUUUCAAAUAGGCAACAGGCCAGAUGCAGACGUUUAACCCAGACA